CUCCUUCUACCCCCCUUUCCCGACCGAGGCUUCUCCAAUCCGGGCUCUGGCUCCAUCCCCGGCUCGGCGUCCCACAGGCCAGCGCUAAUAAGUCGCUUAGCUGCCCAGUAAUGGGGAAGUGGUAGAGAGAGUGACAGAGAGAGAGAAAGAGAGGGAGAGAGACGCCGCUGUGCUGAAAGCCGAGAGGAAGUUGAGGUGGGAAGCUCCGGACCAAAGACCCGCUCCACACAACAGACGGACACAUCCUACAGUUGCUGUUGUUGAAACGCUCCCCAAAAAGCGCAUAGUGAUGGAGAGAAAGCGUCCUGGCAUGCCGUCUGGAGCGAGGAUGCCCCACCAAGGAGCCCCCAUGGGGCCCCCUGGCCCCCCGUAUGGAGGGAGUCCGGCAGUGCGGCCCGGCCUGCCCUCCCCGGUGAUGGAGCCGAGUCGUAAGCGGCCCGCCCCGUCCCAGCAGGUCCAGCAGCAGCAGCAGCAGCAGCAGCAACAACAGCAGCAGCAGGCCGUGCAGAACCGCGCCAGGAAGAAGCCAGUUGGAUUUCCCGGAGCCAGCGAGAUGCCAGCGAGGCAGAUGGACAUGAGAGAGCCCCAAUCAGAUCCCACGCUUGGAUCAAAUGCUAAGAGAAGGAAAAUGGCAGACAAGAUUCUUCCGCAAAGGAUCCGGGAACUGGUACCUGAAUCUCAGGCCUACAUGGAUCUACUGGCUUUUGAGCGCAAGCUGGACCAAACCAUUAUGCGUAAACGCGUCGACAUCCAGGAAGCUCUGAAGAGACCAAUGAAGCAGCAAAAGCGUAAACUAAGGCUCUAUAUUUCAAACACGUUCAACCCAGCUCGACCUGACGCUGAUGACUCAGAUGGCAGCAUUGCAUCAUGGGAGCUGAGGGUAGAGGGAAAGCUGCUGGAUGAUCCGGGGAAGCAGAAGAAGAAGUUUUCUUCCUUUUUUAAGAGCUUGGUGAUCGAGCUGGACAAAGAGCUGUACGGUCCGGACAACCACCUGGUCGAGUGGCACCGCACACCCACCACUCAGGAGACAGACGGUUUCCAGGUGAAGAGACCCGGAGAUGUGAGCGUGCGCUGCACCCUGCUGCUGAUGCUGGACUACCAGCCUCCCCAGUUUAAGCUGGACUUGCGCCUGGCGCGCCUGCUGGGCAUCCACACUCAGACUCGCUCUUGCAUCAUUCAGGCUCUUUGGCAGUACGUGAAGACCAACAAGCUGCAGGACUCGCAUGACAAAGAGUACAUCAACUGUGACAAGUACUUCCAACAGAUUUUCGACUGUCCUCGCCUGAAGUUUUCUGAGAUUCCUCAGCGCCUCACUAACCUCCUGCUACCGCCCGACCCCAUCGUCAUCAAUCAUGUGAUCAGCGUUGACCCCAACGACCAGAAGAAGACGGCCUGCUACGACAUUGACGUGGAGGUGGAAGACCCCCUCAAGAGCCAGAUGAGCAGCUUCCUCCUCUCCACCGCCAACCAGCAGGAAAUCGCCUCCCUCGACAACAAGAUCCAUGAGACCAUCGAGUCCAUCAACCAGCUGAAGAUCCAACGGGACUUCAUGCUCAGCUUCUCCAGAGAUCCCAAAGGCUACAUCCAAGACUGGCUCAAGUCCCAAAGCCGAGACCUCAAGUUGAUGACCGACGUGGUGGGGAACCCUGAGGAGGAGCGGAGGGCAGCGUUUUACCACGAACCCUGGUCCCAGGAGGCGGUCAGCCGCUACUUCUACUGCAAGAUCCAGCAGAGGAGACAGGAGCUGGAACAGGCCUUAGCAGUCCGCAACACCUAAAGCAGAAGGCCCUCCUGAAGUUCUGCCUCUGGAUUUUGAAGCUGUGUGUGUGUGUGUGUUUGGAUUUUUGUGAGUGUGUGUGUGAGGCCAGCAGUGAAGUCUAGAUCUUCAGCUGAACCUAAAGAACUCCACAUUCAGUUUGUCAACAGUUUUGAAGCUAAAUAGGACUCAACCGCGGUUUGUCAGACCCAGAUAUGAAUGCACUUCCUGUUUGAAAAGACCAUGAAGUAAUCAUCGUUAGCAGCACUGUUGGCCCUCAGAGGCUCGGCUUUGUAAAUAUGUCCCGCAAAAACUGUCGACUAGCUGCUCACACACCUCCCUGUUUGUGCUCUGGAUGAGUCUAACUACGCACAUUUUUUUAUUUGUCCUCAUUUGAAUCCUAUUUUUUUAAGGGUUAAUUAAUAACACCAGCAAAAUAUGAGAUUACAGUUUUCUGGGUGGUUGCAGAUUAUAAAACAUGACCUGUUGGUUGCAUUCAUCGUUUCUCCACCAUGUUUAGUUUGCUUAAAAAAAAAGACACUGAGAAGCUAAAGUAUUACCAUGCUAUCAGCAGUUUAUGACAGAAGUUUACAUACACUCAUCACUGCCAUAAGUAUUAUAUUGUUCCAUGGUGAAUAGUUUUCAUAUUUAUUUCUCCUUGGUGAACUAAUUGUUUAACAACUUUAACUUUUUAAUAAGAUUUGGGAAAUUUCAAGUUAAUACAAUUUUAUCUAAUUCACAUGAGGUCAAAACUACACAUACAUGCUCUUAUAUAUAUACAUACAAACCCCUGAACACCAUCAAUAAGUUGAUUACAUUUUUCUGGCUGAAUAUUUAACAAGUUUUUUUGACAAAAUACACACAAUUGGGUAUUGUGGUCCAGCACAGGACUGUGAUCCCAAACACACUUUAAAACUAAGGUUGGGAUUUUAAUUUUGCUUAAUUAAUUACUUUGAUUUUAAAAUGUUAACACAGUUAUUUUUUUUUUAUUAUUAUUUACAUUCUGUUCCCACGGGAACCUUUGUAUUUUGCGUUUCUGGUAUGCCCGUAAAUCCAACAUCGUCUGCAAACAUCAGCGAUGGUUGAUAAUGCUUCUCUUGACCCACUAGGAGAUCAUUUUUUACUUCACAAAUAAUCUAAUAUGAUGCUGGAAAAGAUUAUUGUGUCAAAGUUGUGCAAUAAGGAGCUAGUCUAUCAGCAAAGCUAUUCAAUCCUAAACUACCAUCUCAAUACGUUACAACAGGACUGCACUUAUAUUUGAACUGGUGCCAGUUCCGAUACCAAAUUCAGAACCAAUUCAGUCAAGAAAAGUGGUAAAAUAGAGCCAGAUCUACGAUAUAUGAAAUGCUUCCUGGUGCUACCGGAAGCUUCGUUUGAGGUACUGCGUGCUAAGAGACGUAAACAUAUGUUUGUGGGUUUGUAUGUACAGAUUUGAGCCUUUUGAUUAUUAAUUAUUUGUUUUAAGAAACCUAAAAUUAGCAUCAUGAUGAAUGUCAAUAAACUUCUGACCAGAACAGUUGCUGGAAAACAAUAAGGUGUGACGAUCGUAUUGUUUUUUUUUUCUUCCUUUAAUCACGUCACUGCAGUGGAAAUAGGGGGAAAUGAUCCCUUUUGUGUGUUUUCAAGAUCAGUGUUUCGAAAGUUUUACCAAAGGAUGCAACAAAAAGAAGCAGAGAACAUAAGAAACUGGACAAAAACACAGAUCUGUGUUUUUAAAAAAAUAUUAAUAACUGAGCAGUAUUAGCAGUUAAGUCCAGGUCUGUUGCAUUUUACAUUUUCUAUGUUAUACAUGCACAGAGAAGGGAAAAAAAGAAUAAUGAAGGUUAGUUUGGUGGAGAUUUGAAUGUAAAUAUGUUUUGGUGUCCAGCUGUACAGUCCACAUCUGUUUGGAUUACAUGUUGCAGAAUGGGAGCUCCAUUGGUUUUUAAUUAUUCCCACUUUGGGGGUCGAUUUAUUUGAGUGUCUUACCGUGGGAGCUGCAACAAAAAUCAGUCUCAGUAGCUGCAACAGAAUAUAAUCUGCACCAAUCUCAUUUUACACGUUUUUUAAUGACUUGUAUGUAUAUGUUGUACUGUCGGUUAGAUUAUUUGUUUUUGGAUGGGAGAGAGAGUCACUUUGCACUGUGCUGUAAACUCUUUGUCGGGACUCUCUUUAUUGUGGGUGAGACCCUCUUUAUUAUCCCAGCGUACACAAAAAUCGACCUAUGCAUGCUCCAUGAACAUGGAUCAAUACAUCUGAUGAGGCUGUCCGUGUAAAUAUUAAAAGGUCUGCAUAGAUGUGUACGUAGCAAAGGCUAGACUCGGCAAGUUUGCUGAUGGCGCCUUCUGGAAAUUGUUUUUUGCCAAAAAAAGAAAAAAAAUAACUUGUCCUACCAGCAACUAAUUGUAAGUGUGAGUUGUAUGUUUUCAUUAAGGGACUAAGUUAUAUUCACUGCACUCUGUAGGUAGCUGUAGCUAGGAAAUCAGUCCCGUGUCUCACCUUUCUUUUUCUUCUUUCUUUUUUUUUUUUUUUUUUAUUCAUAGCAUGUCUAGGACAUUUAUAACGUUGUCACUGAAUCACUAACCCCCUCUUGUGGAGGACACCUAGAGCUGCAACUCCUCUACAACAGAAUCAUCACUACUGUAUUAGUCUGUCACCUAUCCCUGUCCAAACUGUUGCAUGUGGGUCUGAGGAGUGGGAGCUACUCUCUCUUUGUUUACACUGAGGGUCACCGACAGGAGGUUAAUAAUAAUAAUAAUAAAUAAUAAUGCUGUAUAUCUCUAAAGGGUUUCAUGAUCAUGUUCUGUAAAGAAAAAGAGGGGAAUACAGCUGUAACAUUGUGAGACAGCCUGGAUGUAAAUAAAGAAGCGCUUGCCAAAGUUUGUAAAUGCCA